GCCGCAGCCGAGCGAGAGAGGCAGGGAGCGUGUGUGUGUCUCACCCAAAGCAGCCCGACGCCGCAGUUCGCAGCCACCUGGGCCCGUUCACCGACGCCCAUGAGCGGCGGCAUGCGGCCGUACCGGCUGCGGAGCUGACUGGGGAGACCCAAGCCGAAGAGUCGCCGUUUCUUCUUCUUCCUUCCCCUCUUCCUUUCUCGAGACUUGUUUCGCCCCUCAGCCUUUCCCGUGCCUGCAUUGGAGCCCGUGGAGUGGGGUGGGUCGGGGAAGAAAAAAAGCUCGCCCGCUGCCGUGUGGGGACCCGCUGCCCAUCCUGCCCCAUUUCCAGCUCCGGGACAGGUGAGGGCGGUGUGCCGGGCCUCGGCCUGGCUUUUGUGGGCACCCCAGGAGGCGAGGUGGCGGCGGCGGUGCUGCCUCCGUUUCAAUGGAAGUAUGUUACCAACUGCCGGUGCUGCCCCUGGACAGGCCGGUCCCGCAGCAUGUCCUCAGCCGCAGAGGGGCCAUCAGCUUCAGCUCCAGUUCCGCGCUCUUCGGUUGCCCCAACCCCAGGCAGCUUUCUCAGAGACGUGGGGCAAUUUCCUAUGACAGUUCUGAUCAAACUGCAUUGUACAUUCGCAUGCUAGGAGAUGUACGAGUAAGAAGUCGGGCAGGAUUUGAAACAGAGAGAAGAGGUUCUCAUCCAUACAUUGAUUUCCGUAUUUUUCACUCAAAUUCUGAAAUUGAAGUUUCUGUGUCUGCAAGGAAUAUCCGAAGGUUACUGAGUUUCCAGCGGUACUUGAGAUCUUCCCGUUUCUUCCGUGGUAUCACUCUUCCAAGUUCUUCAAAUAUUUUGGAUGAUGAUUAUAAUGGACAAGCUAAGUGUAUGCUAGAGAAAGUUGGAAACUGGAAUUUUGAUAUCUUCCUCUUUGACAGGCUAACAAAUGGAAACAGUUUAGUCACCUUAACCUUCCACCUGUUUAAUCUUCAUGGACUUGUAGAGCACUUCCAAUUAGAUACAAUGAAACUCCGCAGAUUUUUAGUAAUGGUUCAAGAAGAUUACCACAGUCAAAAUCCAUAUCAUAAUGCGGUUCAUGCUGCUGAUGUGACUCAGGCCAUGCACUGUUAUUUAAAGGAACCUAAGCUUUUCAAAUCUCUAACUCCAUGGGAUGUUCUGCUCAGUUUAAUUGCAGCUGCCACUCAUGAUUUGGAUCACCCAGGUGUUAAUCAGCCUUUUCUUAUUAAGACAAACCAUUAUUUAGCAACUUUAUACAAGAAUACCUCAGUACUGGAAAAUCACCACUGGAGAUCAGCUGUGGGGCUGCUAAGAGAGUCUGGAUUAUUUGCACACAUGUCUUUAGAAAAUAGGCAGCUGAUGGAAAGCCAGAUAGGAGCACUGAUUCUUGCCACAGACAUCAGUCGGCAAAAUGAAUAUCUGUCCUUAUUUCGUAGUCAUUUGGACAAGGGAGACUUAUGCUUAGAAGAUGAGAACCAUCGACAUCUUAUUCUUCAGAUGGCUUUGAAAUGUGCUGAUAUUUGCAACCCCUGCCGGACAUGGGAACUGAGCAAGCAGUGGAGUGAAAAAGUAACAGAAGAAUUCUUUAAUCAAGGAGAUGUUGAAAAAAAGUACCAUUUGGGUGUGAGUCCAUUAUGUGAUCGACAGACUGAAACCAUUGCUAACAUCCAGAUUGGUUUUAUGACAUAUUUGGUAGAGCCGUUGUUUGCAGAAUGGGCAAGAUUUUCAAACACCAGGCUUUCUCAAACAAUGCUUGGGCAUUUGGGACUGAAUAAAGCUAGCUGGAAGGGCAUGCAAAGACAACAAUCCAGCAGUGGUGAUGAUACUGAUCCUGCAUUUGAAGAAAUGGACUCUGAUGUAAUACCUCAGGAAAAUCGACUAUCCUGACACCAGGAUCUGUUUGACAAACUGCCUCUUGCCCAAUAUCUGCAGAAGAGGGUUUGAGGAUUAACAUUUUUUGUCUGACUGCCAAGGUUUCAGUAUAAACAAUGCCAGCAUUAUUUAUUUCCAAGUUUUUCCUUUGAUCAUUUGAACCCAGUUUUUGGUUACAAGACCUGAACACAGAGCAAUAUCCAUAUGCCUUGGUUGGCUUUUGCAUGGAACCUUGAAUAUGCAAACCAGAGGCAUGAUUGAACUUUGAUGGGGAAAAGACAAGAUCUGUUGCUACGUGCCACAUUGUUUUGCUUUUUUUUUUAAAAAAGAAGUUUAAAAUAAGGCCUUCAGAGUUACCAUGGGACACAGAUGACUCCAUUCUCUUGGAUUUUAGCAACUCCAUUCAGUCCUUGUCCAAAAUGUGGCAAUGUGAAGUGGGGCCAUUUUUGGCUGCCUCUGGCAAGAACUGAUGUUUACAAAUGUACCUGGAAACUAGAGGUUUUAAACUAACUUUUGUGCAUGGCUGUGAAGGAACCACUAACUUAAACAAAAGAUCAAAUCUGAAA